AUGAAGUUAAGCGAUCUGCGAGCUCGUGACUGCGACUGCGACGUGUGCUGCGACACGAAGCCUGAAAAAAAGAACGUACAACGAGCACCAUGGACGGAGCAGGAGACUUUUGCAUUGAUUAGGGUGUGGGAGGACCACCUGGGAGAUCUGCGUCGCACGAAGCGGAAUGCUAAGGUGUUCGUCGCCAUUGCUGAACAAUUGUGUGCGAUAGGCUUCAAAAGGAAGCAACACGAUUUCGUGGGAAACGACGCAUGGCUUGCACACGAUAUUACCUUCUAUUGCUACUGUCAAUGCUUCGUGACCCGAGAGCGUUUUAGCCGGAAGAAGACAACAGGUGCAGGGGGGAUAAGGUGGAGAUUCUACUGGAACCUGCAACGUUUCCUGGGCUCCUUACCUGCAAACGAUGCCAGUCCCAUGGAGGAGUCCGUAUGUAGCGGAGGUGACACCGUUGAGCAUGUUUUUCAAGAAAUGGUCAGCGGGAACUCAAGCGAGGACGGAGAGCGGUCCCCUCAAGAUGGUCUCACCAGUGAGCCUGCAUCACCUGGAUCGCAAGCCCCAGCUGAAGAGUUUCCAAACUCAUCACCCUCUACACCCACCCCAAGACAGAAAGCAGCGGAGAGGCCAGCAAAGCCAAAGAAGCAUCAGGCUUUACACGCAACCUUCUUGGCGCAGCUGCUCGAAGAACAGCGGCAGCUGCGUUAUUCGCAGGAAAAAUCUCGCGAAAAAGAACUGGCUAUACGCGAACGGCAGCUAAAGCUGCUAGAGCGUGCAGCAGAGAGGGAAGAUCGUUUGAUCGACGUCCUCACUCAACUUCAGACGAAAUAAAGCAAAAGCCUCACAGCUUCA